AUGCGCUUCCCGCAUUCCUCAAGGCUUAUUCUGCUUUUCGCAGCUGCGACGGCUCGCGCAGCUGAUACCUCAGCUUCUUCAACGACCACGAGUGCCCCGGCAUGCACUGCAGCAUCCAAGAGCGGCGCCGGAGCCUUCUACGACUUGCGACCCGACAUCGCCGUCAAGCCCGAGGAGGGGAAAUCGUCAAAGGGUAUCAUCACCGCAGACUACCACGCUAGAGGCUGGGAUUAUAACCGGAACUUUACCCUCAAUAUCUGUGCCCCUGUCAUCGAACCGCUCGAUGACGUGGAGGGGUUGACAAAGGCUGAAGCCAAGAAUGUCAGCGCGUAUUACACGUACAAGGGGGAGACCUACUCGAUAGGGUCAUCUUCUAUGGACGUUCAAAGCCGAGGGCGUAUACUAGUGCUCCAAUACAAAAACGGCUCGCCCUGCGACAAGAGCAAAUCCAAGCGAUCUCAGGUCCACGCCGGUGCCUCCUACAACAAGUACGCCGACGACAACGAUGACGAAGCUACACCUCUUAAAUAUUUCAACAACAGCGAAAAGAAAGUUUCCGUGGCCAAGGAUGACGCGGAUUCGAACCCCCGUCGCAAGUCCGCCACAAUCUCCUUCCAUUGCGAUACCGAGCAGGUCGGCGGAGCUGCUCAUAUCUCCUUUGUUGGCUCCGACCCGGAUGACUGCGCAUACUUCUUCGAAGCUCGCUCGCAGCACGCUUGCCCGCGGGCUGAGCCCCACCAGCCGGGCAGCGUCGGUCCCGGGGGCGUUUUUGCCAUCAUCUUCGUCAUUGCCGUCAUGGUCUACUUCGGCGGUGGUGUCUUUUACCAAAGAACCGUCGCGCACGCCCGAGGUUGGCGCCAGCUCCCAAAUUACAGUUUAUGGGCUGGGAUCUGGAAUUUUGUUAGUGACAUCUUCGUCAUCGCAACCUCUUCGUGCGCGCAACUUCUGCCUGGGAGGCGGGGUUACCGCCACCUGUCUGGCUCUCCCAGCAGAGGGCGCAAUCGUGAGGACGAGAACAGAUUGAUAGACCAGCUCGAUGAAGAAUGGGAAGAUUAG